CUCCUGUUUUCAGUGAUGGCAUCUACCGGUCUGAGAGAGGAGCUGACCUGCUCCAUCUGCCUGAGCGUUUACACCGAUCCCGUAACUUUGAAAUGCGGACACAGCUUCUGCCGGGUCUGUAUUAGAAAUGCGCUGGAUUCUCAGGUAGCGGGGAGAUACUCAUGCCCUGAAUGCAGAGAAAGGUUUCUGACUCGACCUGAGCUGAAAUCGACCCUGAGACUGAGGAACAUAGCACAGAAUCUUUUUUCGUCAGAUCUAAGAAAAACUGGGAUUUCCUGCACUUACUGUAUUCUCUGUCACGUUCCUGCUUCUAAAAGCUGCCUACAUUGUGAAGCUUCUCUGUGUGAGGAGCACCUGAGAGUCCACAGCAGCUCUGCAGAACACGUCUUAACUGAACCCACCAUGUCAUUUGAAAAGAGAAAAUGCUCCAUCCACAAGAAGGUCCUGGAGUAUUACUGCCCAAGGGAUGUUGUCUGUGUCUGUGUGUCCUGCAGGCUGGACGGAGAGCACAGGGGACACCAGGUGGAGACUCUGAAUGAAGCCUCUGAAAAGAGGAAGCAAAAACUGAAAAAUGUUCUGCAGAAACUGACCUCAAAGCGAGAGGAGACAGAGAAACGAGUCCAGAGUCUGCAGGAGCGCAGGAGAGAAGUACAAGAAAAAGCAACUGGAGAAACGGAGCGAGUCGCUGCCCUGAUUAGAGACAUCAGGGAACAGCUGGAAGCUCUAGAGAAGAGAGUCCUGAGUGAGAUCUCCCGGCAGGAAGUGCAGGCCUUACUCCGAGUCUCAGAUCUAAUCCAGCAGCUGGAAAUAAAGAAGGAGGGACUUUCCAGGAAGAUACAAGACAUCGAGGAGCUGUUCAACAUUACUGACCCAUUAACUGUCUUACAGGAACGGGAAUUAAAUGAAACUGACUUUUGUGAAGCUGAGGAGGGAGAUAUUGAGAGUGAUGAGCAUGAAGAAGUUAUUAAGGACACACAGAGAGAUGAUAAAAAUCUCCGUGCUGUAGAUCUGGAUGAGGGUCUGAUCUCAGUGAUUUUACACACAGGUUUAACUGGUAUUGUGACCGGGGCAAAGGGACAUCUUGUUGCUCCUCAGGCUUCAGACAUAUUACUGGAUGUAAACACGGCUGGUAAUCGUGUAGAUGUAUCAGGUGACUUGAAAACUGUAUCCUGGUCAGGAAUAAACCAGAUUUACCCAGAAACACCAGAGAGAUUUCAGGAUUAUGCUCAGAUUUUAAGCACCAGAAGUUUCUCCUCAGGGAGACAUUACUGGGAAGUGGAGGGCAGUAACUCAGGGGAAUGGGUUGUAGGGUUGGCCUAUCCCAGUAUAGACAGGAGAGGAGAUCAGUCAUGGAUUGGAUAUAAUAAGAAGUCCUGGGGUUUGUGGAGGUGGCCGGGUAAUCAGUAUGCAGUGAGACAUAAUGGAAAAUUAAUCCUGUUAUCUCACCUCCCGUCCUGUCAGGGGUUGGGGAUAUUCCUGGACUAUGAGGCCGGGCGGCUGUCCUUUUAUGAGCUGUGUGACCCGGUCAGACACUUACACACCUUCACUACCACCUUCACUGAGCCGCUUCACGCUGCGUUCUGGGUUUGGGGAAAAGCCUGGGUGAGCAUCUAGAGCUGGGAUUCAUGAUUUCUGAAUAAUUUAUCUGCCUGGCAACUAGUGACACCUCAGAGAGAGGAAAUCCAAUUGGUUACAAUAUACCGCCAGGGCCAUUUCGCUCCCCGUAACUUGACUAAAUCUGGGAAUGUUACUACGUCUGCGUCUGAAUGGAAUUUCACAUUUAUUGCUCCAAGUGAUUUACUGGGUUUAAUUAAAGCUAUUAUCUAUCUAUAGUUCUUUAAUAAUUUUUUUAAAAUUCUGGGCUGCUUUGGAAAAAACUACAUAUCCCUUUCCAUAAUGAGAACAAGUAAAAAUAAAUGUACCUGUAAUAAAGAUGGCGAAUGUA